CCCGAAUUCCUCGGCUCCUCUUCAACCGGUUUUCCCAUCCCAGCGACACAAGAGAGAGGGAGAGAGCUCUUUCCUUUCCAAAUCGAGAAGAGAGGAAAGAGAGAGAGAGAGAGAGAGAGUAGCCGUUGUAACGGCCACCAUUCCAUCUGGUUGGAGGCCAACGACGGUAUAACCACUAUCUCUCGAUCAUCCCCAAAAAUUAAAAAAACAAAAAAAAAAAUCCAAUUUUUCUAUUUUCAUUUUCGCCCAAAAUUCAAAAUUCAAAAAAAAAAACACGAUAUUUCCUGCAUCAUCACCAUUUCUAUCUCUCCCUGGUGGUGUUUGCAGGCUAAGAUCUUCUAUCUCUUUCUCCACCUAUAAUCCCAACCAUUCAAUUAAUGCCCCAUUCCCACUAACACCAUCACAGCCGUCGAUCCAAUCAAUCGCCGAUCAAAUGCAGCACAACUUCCUCACCACGAUGCGCAGCUUGAAGCUGGUGGACGGCUGCAAACCCACCCAAGUCUAUGCCCUAAAUUCCCAACAGGCGGCCUGUGAGAAGUUGUCGCCAGACCGGACGGCCCGUGCCAACAACAUCCGAUCAACGGUCCAAAAUUCCAGCCUCGUCGAAUCCCUACUCCCCUGCGGUCUCCCGUCCACCGAUCUCAUCGAGCCCCCUAUCGAUCCCCACCUCAAAUCGGUGGAUUUCGUUGAAUCGCUUGCUGCGAUCCAUCGCCUCCUCCGUGACUCCUCGCCAUCCGAUAAGGCCGGCCUCUACCUGUACCAGUACUCCGUCUUCCGGGCCCUUGCCGAUCCGAAGCUCCUUCGCCGUAGCCUCCGCGCUGCCCGCCAGCAUGCCGUCUCCAUCCAUGACAAGCUCGUUGCUGCCACGUGGCUGCGAUUCGAGCGGCGGGAGGAUGAGCUCGAUGGGGCAGCCGCCUCGGAAUGUGGGGGCCGUAUGCUGGAGUGCCCUGCCGCUGCGCUCUUGCCUGGGUAUGAUCCGGAUUCCGCAUAUGACCCGUGCCCCUGCCGCCAGCCCCCUGCGGCAAUGGCCACCGAUGAUGUUGGGUGCGCGACGGAUGAUGAGUGCUCGAAUGAUGAGGAGUGCUCGACGUCAGCUGAUGAAGGGGAUGUCACAUUCUGCAUCGGCGAUGAGGAGGUUGUCUGCAUCCGGCACAAUAUCGCCAUGCUUUCAAGGCCAUUCCAGACAAUGCUAUACGGAUGCUUUACAGAGUCGCGGAGGAAGAAGAUCAAUUUCACGCAGAAUGGGAUCUCAGUGAAAGCUAUGAGGGCUGUUGCCAAGUUUAGCAGGACAGGCCGCGUGGAUAUGUUCCGGCCCAACAUUGUCUUGGAGCUUUUGUCGUUCGCGAAUCGCUUCUGCUGCGAGGAAAUGAAGUCAGCGUGUGACCGGCAUCUGGUGUCGCUCGUGGAUUCCAUUGACGACGCAGUGAUCCUCAUCGAAUAUGGGUUGGAGGAGAGGGCACAUCUUCUCGUGGCGUCUUGCUUGCAGGUGUUCUUGAGAGAUAUCCCGAGGUCGUUCCACCAGCCUGAUGUUAGGGGAUUGCUUUGCAGUGCGGAGGGCCGGGAGAGGUUGGCUUUGGUGGGCCAUGCUUCAUUCAUGUUAUAUUACUUCCUGAGUCAGGUGGCGAUGGAGGAGGACAUGCGAUCUAACACGACAGUGAUGCUGUUGGAGAGGCUGGGAGAGUGCGCAGCUGAAGGGUGGCAGAAACAGCUUGCGGCUCACCAGUUGGGUUGCAUCAUGCUCGGGCGGAAAGAGUAUAAGGAUGCGCAGCGUUGGUUCGAGGUUGCGGCUGAGGCAGGUCACGUCUAUUCAUUGGCAGGCGUUGCACGCGCCAAGUACAAGCGGGGGCACAAGUAUUCAGCGUAUAAGCAGACGAAUAGCCUCAUCUCCGAGUACAAACCAGUUGGGUGGAUGUACCAAGAGCGGUCUUUGUAUUGCAUUGGCAAGGAGAAGAUGAUCGACUUGGCCACUGCGACCCAAAUGGACCCCACCCUCUCGUACCCGUACAAGUACCGGGCCAUUGUGAUGAUGGAGGAGAACAAGGUUGGUGCUGCCAUCGUGGAGAUCAGCAAGAUUCUUGGGUUCAAAGUCUCGACGGAUUGCCUUGAAUUGCGUGCCUGGUUCUUGCUCGCCAAUGAGGAUUAUGAACAUGCGCUGCGGGACAUCAGGGCAAUGAUGACGUUGGAUCCAGAUUACAUGAUGUUCCACGGGAAGGUGCAUGGGGACCAGCUGGUUGAGAUCCUCCGCCAGCACGUACAGCAUUGGGAUCUAUCCGAUUGUUGGAUGCAGCUGUAUGAUCGAUGGUCCUCUGUCGAUGAUAUUGGGUCGCUGGCUGUCGUCCAUCAGAUGCUUCCACUGGAUGAAUCCAGGAGGAGUGUUAUGCGGUUUCGGCAAUCUCUCCUCCUUCUACGGUUAAAUUGUCAAAAGGCAGCAAUGCGCAGUCUGCGGUUGGCUCGAAACCUUUCGCCUUCUGAGCAUGAAAGGCUUGUUUAUGAAGGCUGGAUUUUAUAUGACACUGGCCAUCGUGAAGAGGCAUUAUCAAAGGCGGAGGAAUCCAUAUCCAUCGAGAGGUCAUUCGAAGCUUUUUUCCUCAAAGCGUAUGCGUUGGCUGAUACGAGUCUUGAUCCUUCUUCUUCAUCCACCGUCAUUGAACUUCUGAAGGAGGCUCUUACAUGUCAAUCUGAUGGGCUUCGGAAAGGGCAAGCAUUAAAUAAUUUAGGGAGUGUCUAUGUGGACUGUGAUCAGCUGGAUGAUGCUAAAACCUGCUAUCAAAGCGCUCUUGAUAUAAGGCACACACGAGCACAUCAAGGUCUAGCACGCGUUCAUCAUCUUAAGAAUCAGAGAAAAGCUGCUUAUGAUGAGAUGACCAAGCUGAUAGAGAAAGCACGGAACAAUGCAUCAGCAUAUGAAAAACGUUCAGAGUACUGUGACCGUGACAUGGCAAAGAAUGAUCUUAGCAUGGCAACUCAGUUAGAUCCAUUGAGGACUUAUCCUUACAGAUACAGGGCUGCAGAUGGUGUGGUGUUGGUCAACAAGAUCAAGGUUACGUGGCUUGUGGGUUGCUUCCAUACGUGGUACGGAAAGGUCCUGAUGGAUGAUCACAAGGAAGCAGAAGCAAUUGCAGAGCUAACGAAGGCAAUAGCAUUCAAACCAGACCUUCAGCUACUUCACCUUCGGGCAGCAUUUCAUGAUUCAAUGGGCAAUGCCGCAGCCACUCUCCGAGAUUGUGAGGCGGCCCUCUGUCUUGAUCCAAACCACGUGGAUACACUCGAACUCUAUAAUAAAGCUUGCGACCGAAAAGACCAACAUGAAAGUCAACAAGAAUAGUAAAAGACACUUGAAUUGUUGCCCAAAUUCUUUAUUGGCAAAAACAUUGCCACCCUUAGCUUGGGGUUUCCAGAGCGGCUUAGAAGCUUCCGGAUGCAGAUUGGCAGCUGCCAAGAAAACACGAGAGGAAUAGACAGAUGCAGAAGAGUGCAUGCAUAUGUUUCUAUACUUGGGUGGCAAAAUCAAUUGAUCGGAUUGGAGAUGCUGCUGCCCACUUGUCGGGCCGCACUGUAAGUUGGUUGUGUAAAGAUAUGUAUACACGAAAUGGCAGGUGAAGAUGGAUUCACCUGUGUAAUUUUCCAAUUGCUGUUUCUUGUAUUUGUUUACCUUUUUUCACAAAUUUUCCCUGAUUAAAGAAACAAAAGCACUGCAUUGUUUC